GAUAAAGGACGACCCAUUGCAGUUUCGCCUUAGCGUUUCAAUUGGCUUUGAGUAGGAGACCACCGCACUACAGAACACACCCCGGUUCGGCAAUGUCUGCCCACGACUACUUUACACACUCGUUUGGAUCUGUCAAACUGCAAUGAUGGUGAAAAAAUCCGUCAACGGGGAAGUUUAUCUCCCUCCGGCUGGGGAGAAGAAACUGAAAGUCGGCUUUGUGGGUCUGGACCCCGGGGCUGCGGAGACCAGCCGAGACGGGGCACUUCUCAUCGCCGGUUCCGAGAGCACAAAACGGGGCAGCAUCCUGUGCAGACCGAGGUCCAGCAUCUCCAGAGGGAGCAUCGCUCACAAGAGAAACGCGCGUUAUCGCAGACUGCAAAAUUUCCUGUAUAAUGCUCUGGAGCGACCGCGCGGCUGGGCGUUCAUUUACCACGCUUAUGUGUUUGUGCUGGUGUUUUCCUGCCUGGUUCUGUCGGUGUUCGCAACGAUCAAAGAGUACAAGAAGAGCUCAGAGAGCGCCUUGUACAUCCUGGAAAUUGUGACAAUCGUGGUGUUUGGUGUGGAAUAUAUUGUGCGGAUCUGGGCUGCCGGCUGCUGCUGUCGCUACAGAGGAUGGAGAGGAAGGCUGAGAUUUGCUCGCAAACCCUUCUGUAUCAUCGAUAUCAUGGUGCUUUUCGCCUCAGUGUCUGUUCUGGCCGCUGGCUCACAGGGGAAUGUUUUUGCCACCUCAGCCAUAAGGAGUCUGAGGUUUCUCCAGAUCCUUCGAAUGCUGCGAAUGGACCGCCGCGGUGGCACAUGGAAGCUCCUGGGAUCAGUGGUCUAUGCGCACAGCAAGGAGCUGAUUACGGCGUGGUAUAUCGGAUUCCUUUGCCUCAUCUUGGCAUCUUUCUUGGUGUACUCAGUGGAGAAGGAUGACAAUGCAGAGAUGUUCGAGACCUAUGCAGACGCCCUCUGGUGGGGACUGGUCACUCUUACAACUAUUGGCUAUGGGGACAAAUUUCCUGUCACCUGGAAUGGUCGUCUAAUUGCUGCCACUUUCAGUCUGAUUGGAGUGGCUUUUUUCGCUCUUCCUGCGGGUAUCCUGGGCUCAGGAUUUGCUCUGAAGGUUCAAGAGCAGCACAGACAGAAGCAUUUCGAGAAGCGUCGUAACCCCGCCGCAGGUCUUAUCCAGGCAGCUUGGAGGUUUCAUGCCACAAACCUAUCACGAACAGACCUUUUUUCCACAUGGGACUUUUAUGCACAGACAGUGUCAGUCCCAAUGUACAGACUUAUUCCUCCUGUAAAUCAGCUGGACAUUUUAAGAAGUCUGAAAGGAAAGUCUGCUUUCAGGAAGGACUCUCAGAUAGAUGUCACACCGAGUAGUGAGAUUUCACACAAAGACACUCUGUGUGGGUGCUGCCCAAGAACCAAUAGUCGUAAACCCAGUGUAAAAGAGAAAGGCAGUCCUUCUAAGAGCACCGGGGGGAAAGAAGCCAGAACCGAUGGAGUCAAAGAGAGUCCCAGCAAAGUGACCAAGAGCUUGAGCUUCACGGACCGCAACAAAGCCAAACAUGCUUUAAAAAUGAAAGAUGGAGCUUCUCGCCAGAACUCUGAAGUGCUGAUUGAGUUGCAAGACGAGGACUUCGCCAUGAAGAGAUCUCCAGCGAUUGAGGGCUUAAUCAAGGCAAGUCUUCCAGAAGAUCUUGGCGACGACAGGGGUUAUAACUGUGAAUUUCUGCCACAUCUGUCACCCGGACUCAAGGUCACCAUCAGAUCAAUCUGUGUAAUGCGGUUCCUGUUGUCUAAGAGGAGAUUUAAAGAGAGUCUUAGACCCUACGACGUGAUGGAUGUGAUAGAGCAGUAUUCAGCAGGACAUCUGGACAUGCUGUCCCGCAUCAAAAACCUUCAGUCCAGAGUGGAUCAGAUUGUGGGAAAAGGAGCCAGUGCAGGAGAAAAGGACAAACCCAAAAGCGACACAGAGGUGCCUGAGGACCCAAGCAUGAUGGGACGUCUGAACAAGAUGGAGAAAGAGGUGGGAGCAAUGGACCUUAAACUCAACUUUUUGGUCAGCAUAUACACGGCACAAAUGGGUAUCCCACGAUCAGAAACCGAAGCUCUUUUGGGCUUCAAAAUCGCGUACCCUGCUCCUCCCUACCACAGCCCUGAUGAGAAGAGUGAGAAAGUGCCGGAUGAGGAUGAGAACAAAGGCAAGAGCCCAUCUCCCAUCAACCCCGGACCCAACGGGACUCUGACUGAAAGCCAGUGUCGGCCUUCUACCUCUUGGCACCAGCAGGAUGAGCAUCCCCUCAGCGUGCCUCUCUGGAACAACAGUCGAGGAGUGUCACCUAUUGGUACCGACGACCCUUCACUGUACCGCCUACCACCUCCGCCAUUUCACGAGAGCACGGACAACAGCCGUUCACGCAGGUCAAGGAGACCCGUCCAGCAGCAGGCGGCUGUCGAAAGUGACACAUCCCUCUCCAUUCCCUCAGUGGACCAUGAGGAGCUAGAUCGCUCUUUUAGCGGCUUUAGCAUUUCCCAGGCCAGGGAAGAGGAUUACGUGCCUCCGGUAAGUCUGGGGCCUUUUGGUGGAGGCGGCGGGAUGCUGUGCACCCGUAUCAGGCCAUAUCUAGCAGAGGGUGAAUCUGAUACAGACUCUGACCUGUAUACGCCGGGAGCACCAUCCCCUCUCUCGUUUACAGGGGAGGGAACUUUUGGGGACAGAAUGUGGCCUGGAAUGAAGUAGUUUGCUGGACAAAUUUCCUGGAUGUAGCUGAUGGAUGUUUUAACUUGUCAUACAAAUGUGUGAGUGAUUACAGACUCACGCAGCAGGAGCUGUGAAGAAUGAAUUCCAAAGAUUUUGAUGUAAAGAAAAAAAAACUUCAAACACGGAAGCUGAAGGUGUGUGGAUUCACAAGUGAAAAAGAUUGCGUGUAUUUAAUUACUGGCAUGGAUAAAAUCAAACAAGGCACCUUUUCUUUAUUAGUUUGAGUAGUCACUACAGCUAAUGCCGUAUUAAAUGCAUUUUAAUAACUUAGAACUAUCAUUUUGAAUCAAAAUAUAUUUAUUUAUUUACUUUGUCUUUUUCUGAAAUGUGUUAUGAGACUGUUAUGAAAACAAGUAGUUAAUCAGGGCAUGUGUUCGUUGAAUUAACUUUUAGUUUAAAGGGUUUACUUUGGAGAAAAUUGUUUCAGCCAAAGAAAAAGAUGACAGAAAGCUGAGCAUGCCUUACAGGUACUUUACCCUCUUACAUUUCUUAUCUGUAGGAUGGAAAAAUUAUUAAAUAUUUUAUAGCCACAUUUAAAGUCAAAGCACUUGCAGAGAGAGACAUACUGUACUUUAGGAAAUAAUAAAAAUUGCAGAAACCUUGGGGAUGGUCAUUGGAGAAAUACUCAUGCUAUUGUAUGCAAUCAGUUUUAAUUUCCUAGAACUGGUAACUUGCACUAUGAUAACAUACUUUAUGCUGUAGUGAAGAAGGCACUGAAUAAUUAUCAGACCUAAAAAUACAUUAACUGCAUGGCAUGUUUACGGAAUAUAGCUUGUUGACAACUUAAUUGAGAUUACGGCAGAAAGAAAUCACAUAAAGGACAAAGGAAUUGGAAAAAUAUCAAAUGUAUUUAUUUGUUUUGUUUUGUCAAGUUAGCUUUACUUUGAAAGGAUUUGUUUGUACAGGUGUCCUAUAUGGGCAAAAGACCACGUACAGUACAUCUGAAGAUAUGUCACUUUUUUAAUAAAAAAGAGAAACAUUAUAUCUAAAUGUGGUUUACAUAACAAAACAGACAUUACCAUGUUAAAAGGCAAAUAUUUUUCAAAGCUGUAUUUCAAAGCACUGUUUAAACAUUGCAAUAUUAGGCUGCACCCUGUAAGGAAAUAAAGUUGGUCUUAUCUCUA